AAACUCACUCUCUCCCUGCAAUAGAAAGUGUUAUCCAUGGCUACUCAAUCAACUUUCACUUGGCAUUCUUUUCAUUAUCAGAAACCCACCUUGAAAUCCUUCAACACCGCCAUUUUCUGUAAGACAAAGCCCAGCUUAAGACAGUCAUCGACCAUUAUGGAAAAAAGAAUCAUACCCACCUUAAAAACUGAAAGACUAACUGCUUCAGCAGCCCCAGAAGCACUCACAGCUGAUUCAUCCACAUCCACAGAAACUGAAACACCAUCCAUCAUAAUUUCUCAAGAAACUGAGAAGGCUGAGGUGGUGGUGAAGCAAUUUGAAAAGCCAAGGCUGGUGUUGAAAUUCAUAUGGAUGGAAAAGAACAUCGGGCUUGCUCUUGAUCAAGUGAUACCUGGGCACGGUACUGUUCCUCUAAGUCCAUACUUCUUUUGGCCCAGGAAAGAUGCAUGGGAAGAGCUUAAAUCCACUCUAGAAAGUAAGCCAUGGAUUUCUCAGAAGAAGAUGAUUAUCCUUCUGAAUCAGGCCACUGAUAUCAUCAAUCUAUGGCAGCAAAGUGGUGGCAACCUUUCCUAGAUAUGCAAUGUAGCUCUUCUUAUUCUUCUUUUGUUCCACUAGCCUGCUUGUUUCAGUUGUUGGAUUUUGAUGAUUUAUUAUUAAGAUUUCCUUUUGCCUUCAUUUGUCUCGUUUGUAUUGUUUUGCCAUCAGUAAUUUCAAAUUGCAAGGACUAACUAAAUUAAGAAAUUUGGUUUGGUGCUUGCUAGUUGCUAGUUAAAAUUCAGGCAGAAAGGAAAAAUGAAGAAAAAUAAGUCUCUGCAAUUGCUAUUGUAGUGUAUUUCUCGAGUUAUAGACAGUUUGCAAAGGAUUAGUUGAG